AUGUGGCCGGCGGGACGUACCGUGGCAUAUACGACGAAAGCACGCGAUGCAUCUAAACCGGGAACACGUGAGAACCAGUCCGGAUCCAGUUCUCCCCCCGGCUGCAGUUGCACCGGCUCUGGCGGUGGCGGUGGCGGUGGCGGUGGCGCGCAUCGAUCGGCCGCUCGUCAAGGCUGCGUCUUAUUCGGGCAAGGCCAAGGUCGUUGGCUGGCAUUGCCGUCGAGCGAAGGUCACAGAAGCGUCAGCAAGGACUGCGGCCUGACGAGUCAAGGAGCGGAAACCUUGCAAAGUUCACGUUGUGAAUGUUACCUUCUAUCGUAA